AUGAACUCUGAAAGUGGAUACAAGGCAGCUUUAGCCGAGUUUCAUGAGCGGUACGGAGACCCGGACAUAAUAGCAAGAGCAUACGUGAAAAGGGCACUUGAGUGGUCUCCAAUCAGACCGGAAAAAGCACAAGAUUUGGAUAAGUUUGGAAUAUUUUUGAGGGAAUGUCAGUUUGCUGUGGAAAGUUUAGAUUCAGUGAGGGUUUUAGAAUACUCCGAAAACUUAAGGCUGCUGGUGCAAAAACUGCCGUAUUAUUUACAUGAAAGGUGGAGGAAUAUAGUGUAUGACAUUAAGAGUAAAAAGGAAGUGGUAAGAUUUGAGCAUUUGGUUGACUUUGUUAGAAAGGAGGCAAAAAAGGCCACGGAUCCAAUUUAUGGUAAAGAAGUACUAAAUACAUCUAAAAACAUCAACUCACAGGAUAAACAGUCAUCAUCUACAAGAGUAAACAGGCCUUACGGAACGCGCAAAACGCUCAUUACUAGUGUUUCAGACAGCGGUGUGAAAGAAAAGCAUCACAAUGAACGCGAAGCAGAAAGCCGGUAUAAACCUGGUUCGGCAUUUAUAAAGCCAUGUUUGUUUUGUCAAGGAUCUCACGAGCUAGAAAAUUGCAAGGAAAUAACAAAAUUACCCUUGAAAGAGAGGUAUGCCUUUCUAAGAGACAAAGGUUUAUGUUUUGCCUGCUUGAGGUCAGGACAUCAAAAAUUAAAUUGUAAAAAAAAAGCAAACUGUAAGACUUGUACCAAGCUUCACCUGACAAUAUUACAUGUGGAACCGCAUCAGGACUCUCCUUUCAAUACAAAAGCAACUGCAACUCAUACAGGGGCUGGAAGUAAAAUACAUCAAGCUUUGCCAAUUGUGCCUGUUCGCCUAAAAGGUAAAAAACAGCUGCAAGUAUGUUGA